ACAAUACAACUACCACUAAAUAGUAGAAGCAACAAUCAUAGUACACGGACAUUUUUUACUACCACCAGCAGCGAGCUGGUUGCUUGUAUACAAAAAUACCACCACUAAACUCUCAAGUAAAUAAUGAAAUAACAACAAAAACCAACGUAACGACCGACAACCACAACGUAAUAAUAUACAGAAAUAUACUGAAAGAAAAAACUACAACAAAAUCAAAUCAUGUCUCGGUGGAGCACACAAAACAACAAUAAAACAAAAAACAGAAAUAAAGUUAAGUAAAGCAGCAAACUUUAAUGCUACACUAGUCUCACAUUAACAGUCGCCAAGUAACGAUCUAAAAAACCAGUGCUCCAGUGAUCGGACGAAAACACAUACAAAAGUAGUGAUUACAAUUACACCCUUCUUCUUCUUCUUCAUUAUUAUUAUUGUAUUGUGUUCAAUUCUGUUUUAGUCAUUUUGUUCGCUAGUUGAUAAUAAGAAUUAGAUCUGAGUUAACGAAUAAGAAAACAAAGAGAAAAACAAAAAAGUAAAGAAUAAAAUCUUGAAAAAACGAAUUAAGAAAAGUAACAAAGAAAAAACACGUUUAAACACGACGACUACGACGAGAACAACAAAUAAGAACUACACAUGUGUGUGUGUGAAUAUGUGCAUGCAGAACGAAGCAAAUUCAGGCAAAUAAAUUGAAAGAACUGUCGAAAAACAACACAAACGAAAAGAAUAAUAAUAAAGCAACCAAGCACUUUUUUAUUUUAUCUGUCUUCUCAAGAAUCAAAAUAACAAUCAGUAAAUAAAAAAAAUAAUACAAGUAUUUUCCUACAUAUGUGUAUAUACAUUUUGAUAUUUUAUUUUUUUAUUAUUUUUAUGAGACUAAUGUUUUUUCGUUGUUGAUUCCUUUUCUGCUUCUUUGUCGCCUGUUUCUUCGUUUUUUUAUAAUUUAAACAUCGUAUCAACGUCGCCUCAUCGCUAUAGCUACUGCUCACUCUCCUUUAAUUGUGUGUGCUUUUUUGAAUAGCCGCCCGUCUUUCAUAAAAUACGAAUAAUAGUGAUUGGAGAUCAUUGCGAUAUUGACUGGAGAGUUUUUGUUUCUUUGCUAGAGCUAAAAAAUAAAAAAAGGAACGCGUAAUUUGGUGAACAUCGAUCGGUUGCAUUAGAAACAAAGUUUCAAAUUGAUUGAACCUCUCCUGUUGCCCAUCUCUGUCCCUAAUCAAUGGAAAAAUAAAUAAAAGAAAUACAUAUUUGCAUCAAUUGUAGGUCUGUAACACUCGUCCAGCACCGCCAAGACAAUAAAUAAACAAUAAUAAAUGCAAAUACGAAAAAAUUAAUAGCAAUUGAGAACAAUAGUUUAAAUAUAAAGUACAUAUCUAUUGAUGUAUGUAUAUUAAUUAAGUUAUUUUUAACAAAUAUGACAAAUCAAAAACUAUAAAAUUGUACCAACAAAGAAUAAACCAGAAUAUAAGCAAAUCAACAAGUGCCAAGUGUGUUAAACAAUAACAAAAUUUUGACUACCAACAAAAAUUCACUUUCUAUUGCAAUCUAUCUGUAAACAGACCUGUUGCAUGUCAUUGUUAUUUAAUAAAAUUGCAUUAAAAUUAAUCUAAAACAAAUACAAAAUGUCUGCAGCAAUUGUGCAAAAUAACACCACGACCAUCACCUCAGCAACCACAAACUCCACCAGAGCCAUUUAUUUUGAUUGCGGUGACAUUUUUACAACGAACAAAGCCACCGAAAACUUACACCAAAAUACUAAUAACUUAUCAAAUGGUCAUAUCGACAUUGACAACUCAAUGACUGAACUAAACAUUAUGGAUAUUAAUUGUUCAAAUAAUUCUUCAAUGGAUCAAAUGGAUAAAAUGGAUCAGAUGGAGCAUAUUCAACAACAGACUCAAAGCAAAACACUCAGUCAUCAAUUUCGUUUUCAUGCAGCAUUAACACGUACAAUUUCGACACCACAGCCUCAGUUGAAACAACUUCAUCUCAGCCAACUUCAUUCCCAACAACAGCAGCAACAACAACAGCAGUCACCUACUCAACAGGAUUCUAAUGUGGCAACACUUGUAAAUACACUUAUCGAAAACUUGGGUAACAUCAAUUUACAUCGAAAACUAGAAAGAACUCAAUCCGAACCAUUGCCCCAACAGCAAGUCAACGCUUCAAGGUAUAAAACGGAACUUUGUCGCCCCUUUGAAGAAGCAGGCGAAUGCAAGUACGGUGAAAAGUGUCAAUUUGCUCAUGGCUAUCAUGAGUUGCGUAAUUUGCAAAGACAUCCCAAGUACAAAACCGAAUAUUGUCGUACAUUUCACAGUGUAGGUUUUUGCCCCUAUGGACCACGUUGUCAUUUUGUACACAAUGCUGAUGAAGCACGUGCUUUACAACAACAACAGCAACAACAACAGCAGCAGCUUCAGCAACAAACAAAAUUACAACAACAAAAUCAUUCCAAUUAUUAUCCAUUGAGCGCAAAAUCUAGUCUCAAUGGUGGUGGCGGCACAAUUAAUCAUUCCCUACCACUUAGUCCCCCCUUGAGUAUGUCGACUGGUUCAGAUCGCGAAUCACCAACUGGCUCGUUGUCACUAUCGCCCACAAGUUCCAUGACAAAUUUCCCAUUCGGCGAACAGAUUAGUCCAGCCAAUUCGGUGUUUCAAACUGCUUUCACAUAUGUAAAUACACCACCCGAAAGUCCCAAUGCUCCCAUGUCUCCAGUUAAUACACCACCACCGUCUCUGAUGCUCGGACACCAGACUACACACUACAUUAAACCAGUUGUUGCCAAUAACGUUGGCGGUACUGCAGCUGCACAGCCUCCAGUCAAGCAAUUAUUGCAAAAAAGUUCUAGUUCACCAAUUGCUAUAAUACGUGGAGGCAGCAACGCCGCCACAGUCAACAACACCAAUAAGCCUCCAAUCAAAGUUAAAUCUGUGUCAUCAUUAAAUGGUGCUUUAACAGCCGAAGAGGCACGUUUACCUGUGUUCAAUCGCAUUAGUAACAACUCCACUGCAGACGCAUUCUCGCAUGUAGCUUUAUAAAUUCUAUUACAAGUAGAUUUAUUAUUAUUAUUAUUAUUUUUUGCAUUUGCAUUUUCAUUUUAAUUUAAUUAUUUGUUCAAUUGACUAAACGUAAACAAAGUCACGCAAUGUAACUGGAAUCGGUUCGGUGAGGUGCGGUGCGGUGGAGCAGUGGAGACGUAAAGGUUUUUUGAUAUUGUGUUGCAACGUCUGGACUGGGAGAAGAGAACUGUGCGCCAACGAUUGAUUAAUUAAUUGUGAGUAAGUGAGCAAAGCGUUGACGCUUACGUUAAAAAGGCAAAUUUAAAAAGAAAAACACACAUCAAACCAACAACAAAAUCUCAAUAUUCACAAUAUUUAACUGAAAACAAAAAUAAAAUUCUAGUUUUUUCUCUUUAUUAUUAUUAUUAUUAUCAUUAUUUUUUUUAUCAUUUUAUCUCUAUAUAAAUAUACAUACUAUAUACGAUAUAUACAUACAUACAUACACGCAUACACACUACAUAUCGUUACCUAAAAUGCAAUAGAACGUAAUAACAUUUCAACAAAUUUCAAAAGAAAAAUUAAUCAAACAUUUGAUUUUCCUAUUCAUGUUCUUACGUUAUUAUUUAGCAUUUUAAGUGGCGAUAUGUUGUUUGAUUGUUUGUUUGUUUGUAUGUUUCUAUGUAUCUUUAUAAACAAUAUAUUUGUUUAUACAUACUUACAUUUAUACAUUUAAUUGUUAUUAUACCUACUAUUAUAAUGAAAAUACUAAAUUAUUUAAAGAAAAUACCUUUUUAUAUAUAUUUCGAUAUAUAAACAAAUUUAAAAGGAAAUGAAACUAAAGACAUUUUUAAAAAUAAAUAAUUUUACUUUUAAUUAUUAUAUUUAUAUUUAUACUUAUACUUAUAUAAAUAUAAAUUAUUUUAUAUGUAUAACUUUAUUUAAAUCCAGAUUUAAAAGAAAUUUAUUAUUAAUAUUUAUAAUAUUUUUAUUAUAUAUACUUUAUGUAAACAUUUAUUAUAUGUAUAUUAUUUAAUUUCUAUUUCUAUAACUAUUUCUAUUACUAUUUCUAUCUAUUUAUCCAUUAUUAAAUGGAUAUGACAUUUCGAAAAACAAUUUGAAAAUUUUAUUCUUUAUUUUAUUUAAAAACAAACAAAACAAAACAAAAACUAUGUAAAUUAUUAUUAUUUUUUAUUUUAUUUUUAUUUUUGGCUGGGUUGCUUUAUAAUCUAAUUGAUGUAAAAAUCACUUUAAUUUUUAUUUUAUGCAUUUAUUAAAAUUAAUAUUUUAUUUAUUUUAAUAAUUUAUAUACACUUUUAUAAAAGACAUUUCAAGACAAAAACAUCUGAAAAUAUGUUACAAAUUCACCACAGAUCGUUUAUCGAUAUUUCAUUUACCCUUUGAGACGCCAACUAACUGAAACGAAUUCCUCUAGUAAAUUAUACAAGUUUGGCUCUUACAAGAAGCUACAUUUUUGUAAAUACACAAACAAUAUUAAUUACUUUAAACCUUAGUGCCUGGUUGGUGAAUGAAAUAAAUGAACGAACAUCUUUCGUAGACAAAAACAAAAUUACAUUUGAAUGAUGGUAUAUAAAUUUGAUUUAUAUAAAUAUUGUUUCUAUUAAAUACAAUUUGAGACAACAUGUUAGUUACAUCAAUUCAAUUCAAUUAAUAAUUAUUAACUAUUAAUUUGUUUGUUAUUAAUCAUAAAUUAAAUAUUGCAACAAUGACUUGAUAAUUUAAUAAUUUAAUUUAAAAUUGACAUGUUAGAAACGAGAUUUAUUUAGGUGCGUGCAGAUCUUUUAUAAAUAUUUAAGUUAUAUAAAUUUAAUUCAAUGUAAAUGUGUAAAAAAAAAAAAUAAUAUUUAAACAAAUAAAAAAAAACAACUUAAACAACAAAGAAAUUGAAAAUAAUGUGAAAUCUUAAAAAAAAAGAAAACUCUUAAUAUAAUUUAUUUAAAAAUUAUUUGCAUAAUUAAAUUAUUGAUUCAACUCGUUAAUUUUACGAAAGAAAAAAACAACAUAACUUUAUUUUUUAUACUAAAUAUAUACAUGCAUACAUAUUAAAAUAUUUAUACAUAUUUAAACUUAAAAAUGUAGAAUAUAAUACAAUGGCAAUUAUUUAAUUUUUUUAUUUUUUUAUUAUUUAUAAACAAAUAUACAAGCGUUUAUUUAUACAUACAAACAAGUGUGUUUAAUAAAUAUCCUGUAUAGCUAUAGAUUUUUUUUUAUUUAAUUUUAUUUAAAAUCAAAGGAAUUAUUGAAAUUAUUGAAUGAGAAUAAAUUUAAUUUGUUUAAUAUAACUACACAUUCAGCAUACAUAAACACAUACAUAUUAAAUUAUAAUAAACUACUAUGAAACUACAUAUUUUUAUUUUUCCCAAUUGCAUCUGCUAUUAUUAUUGCUACACCUAUUUUAAAAUCAAACAAAAAAUACAAACAUUUCUUUUUUUAUUUUAUUAUUACAUAUUUCCAUUAGUAAUAUUUAUUAUUUCUUCUUGUAUUAUAUAAAUAAACACAAAAACAUAAAAGAUAUCAACAAAUUGAAAGAAGUAAGAAAGGAAAAUCCAAUUGUCAUUGAAAAAUUCUCAAGUGCCUUAAUAAUGUUUUAUUUUAUUUUAUUUAAUUUUUUAUUAUUAUUAACUAUUUAUAUGUAAUUUAAUUUGAUUUGAUUGGUUUAAUUGAAUAUUUUGUUUUUAUUUUUACAAAUUAUUUUUAAUUAUUUAAAUGGAUUUAGUGUCUUCCCCCUUUAAUUUUUUAAUUUUUUUUUAUAAUAAUUCUUAAUUAUUAUUAUUCUUAUUUUUUACAUAGUAAAUGCCAGUUAAGCCAGUUACUAUGCUAUUUAAAUACAAAAACAACAACAACAAAAAAACCACAAAAAAACGAACUAUGCUUCCAUUUUUAUACAUAUAUAUUUUUACAAAUAAAAACGAAAAAAUUAAAAAAAAACAUGAAACACUCUUGUGCUUAUACAAAUUUUUUGAAUAAAAAUUACUUAUUUUUCUUAAUAAAAAAUAUAAAAACAAAA